AUGAGAAGCUUCUUUCUACUCAGCGCCGUUGCGUUCAGCGCGGCCAACGCUGGUGUUUUAGACUAUCGUCGUCAGCCACGAGGAAACUACGAUCUGCCUCCGGCUGUCACAACUUCGGCCUAUCAAGCCCCGGCCGUCUCUACUGAUCUCUAUCCUCCUCCCGCUCAGUCUGCUAACACUGAGCCCACUGAGCAAGAGACUUCUCCUUAUGCUCCUCCUUCAGUCCCCACUGUCGCUACUUCCGAGCACCAAGAAACCACCAACUAUGCACCUCCCGAGUCUGCAGCUACCGAGAGUGCUAGCAAGCCUGUUGAAGACACUUCUGUUGUCGAGACUCCUUCCAACGCUUAUCCUCCUCCUGCCAACACCCAGCCUGGACAGGAUACCACUGAGGCCUCAACACCCACUGGAGCUUACCCCCCUCCUGUGAACACUCAAAAGACAGAGACUGAGCAAGAGUCUUCUGCCGUUGUUACAUCUGAAGAGUCCACCCCAACCGGUGCUUACCCUCCUCCCGAGAACACUCCAUCUGAGUCUGAGCAUGAGUCUACUGCCGUUGAGACUACUGCUGAGGGUAAAACCUCAACUGAUCUGUAUCCUCCCCCCGCCAACACCGAGACCACCAAGCCCGGCAAGGAUACAACUGAGGCUCUUACCCCCACCUCCGAGUACACUCCUCCCGAGAGUACCGAUGUAACCCAGCAGGGAUCUACCGAUGUUGGCAGCUCUACUGACGCGUAUCCUCCUCCCGAGGGUACCCCCACAACCCAGCCCGGUAACGAGGGUACCACGGCUGUUUCCGAGACCACCAAGCCCGCUGUUGGCACCUCAACUGAUGUCUACCCCCCUCCCAAAGGUACCGACACUACCGAUACUGGUGUUGAGACCGAAACUGGCAGUGCCUCUACUACCCAGUGGACUACCUCAACUGUCUACACUACCAAUGUGUAUACUGUCACUUCUUGCCCUCCCGAGGUUCCCGAUUGCCCCAAUGGUCAACAUGUCACUACCAAGACCAUCGCUGUGUCUACUACAAUCUGCCCCGUCACUGAGACCAAGCCUGUGACUGAGCAUGGCGAGACUGGUACUCCUACCUAUCCUGUUCCUGGCUCUACCGAGACUGAGCACCAAGGUACCGAGACUGCUACUGUCUCCAAGCCUGGUGAGACUGAGACCAAGACUGAGUCUGUUCCCGAGGAGACUGAGACUUCUCCUUCUACUGGUGCUUACCCUCCUCCCAAGGUCACCACUGGUACCACUGAGGGAGCUGAGACUGAGACUCUUCCUGCUGAGACUGAGACUACCAAGCCUGCUGUCGGUACAUCCACUGGUGUCUAUCCUCCUCCUAAGGGAACCACUGAGGCUACCCAGGGCACUGAGACUGAGACUGUCCCUGCUGAGACUGAAACCACCAAGCCUGCCGUUGGUACCUCAACUGGUGUUUACCCUCCCCCCAAGGGCACUGAGACCACCGAGACUGGUGUCGAGACUGAGACCGAGUCCCUUCCCGCUGAGUCUACCAAGCCCGCUGUUGGAACUUCCACCGGUGCCUAUCCUCCUCCCAAGGCUACCACCGAGACAGCCUCAGCCAAGACCGAGACUGUGCCCACCGAGACCAAGCCCAACACUCAGCAGACCAGCCAGUGGACCACCUCAACUGUCUACACAACCACCAUCCGCACCAUCACCUCUUGCCCUCCCGAGAUUCCCGACUGUCCCAACGGCAAGCAUGUCACAACCGAGACUAUUGCUAUCUCUACUACUGUCUGCCCUGUGACUGAAGCUGGAUCUACCAAGCCUGCCACUGUCACCAAGGAAUCGCCCACCUACCCCGUUCCUACCCAGGCUACUGAGACAGAGGGCCAGUCUACUGUUCCUACUACUGAGACUGAGGAGUCUACUAAGCCUGUCACUCACCAUGAGGGAUCUACCAAGCCUGCUACCGAGACAGAGACCAAGCCUGCUACUGAGACCAAGCCUGUUGAGACCAAGCCCACUUACCCGGUUCCCACUGAGACUAAGCCUGUUACCACUGGCGGCGAGGAGCAUCCCACCGAGACCAAGCCUGCUGAGACUCAGCCCGCUACUGAGACGAAGCCUGCUAGCACUACUGAGUGGACCACCUCGACUGUCUACACCACCAACAUCCGCACCGUAACCUCUUGUGCUCCCGAUGUCCCUGACUGCCCUAACGGUAAGCAUGUCACAACUGAGACUAUCGCCAUCUCCACCACGGUCUGCCCCGUCACGGAAGAGCACCACACAGAGACGAAGCCAGCUCCCACCAAGCCUGUUGAGACCAAGCCUGUCACUGAGGGACAGUCCACCAAGCCUGUUGAGACCAAGCCUGUCACUGAGGGACAGUCCACCAAGCCUGUGGAGACCAAGCCCGCUACAGAGACAAAGCCUGCCACCGAGACCAAGCCCACUUACGCAGUUCCUACUGAGACCAAGCCUGUUGAGACAAAGCCUGCUACUGAGGGACACUCUACCAAGCCCGUCACUGGUGGCCAGUCUGAAGCUGGAUCUACUCAGCCCGCUUCCACUACUGAGUGGACCACUUCAACUGUCUACACGACUACCAUCCGCACUGUUACCUCUUGCGCUCCUGAGUACCCCAACUGCGAGACACCUACUCCCCAUGUCACUACUGAGACUGUCGCUAUCUCUACCACUGUUUGCCCCGUCACUGAGCAGCACCAGACUCAGCCUAAGCCAACUCAGCCCAAGCCCACUCAACCCAAGCCUACUGAGACUCAGCAUACAGAGCCCGCCAAGACUACUGGAUGGUCCACCUCCACCAUCUACACCACCAACGUCCGCACUGUCACUGCUUGUGGUCCUGAGUUCCCUAACUGCGAGACACCUACUCCUCACGUCACCACUGAGACUAUUGCUGUUUCUACUACCAUUUGCCCCGUGACUGAGCAGCACCAUACUGAGCCCAAGCCUACUCAGCCUAAGCCAACCGAGCAUCAGCAAACCCAGCCUCAGCCUACUCAGCCUGCCAGGACUACCGCCUGGUCUACAUCUACUGUCUACACCACCAGCGUCCGAACAGUGACUACAUGCGGCCCCGAGUUCCCCAACUGCGAGACCCCCACUCCUCACGUUACUACCGAGACCAUCGCCAUCUCCACCACCGUCUGCCCAGUCACCGAGGAGCAGUCUCAUCCCACCAAGCCCGCCGGCCAACCCUCCAACCACGAGCAACCGAGUCAGCCCCACCAGACCUACCCCGUCCCAACUCAGCAGGUCGUCACAACCGGCUGGUCUACCUCCACCAUCUACACGACCAACAUCCGAACUGUCACUGCUUGCGCUCCUCACGUUGCCAACUGCCCUGGUACUCCGCACGUUACAACCGAGACGAUCGCUCUCUCAACUACUCUCUGCCCCGUCACCAAGACUCAGGUCAUUCCCGGUCCUGGUGCUACUUACUACCCUCCUGGUAACUCGACAUCCACUCUUUACACCACCAAGUACUACACCGUCACUGCUUGCCCUCCCACAGUUACCAACUGCCCCAUCGGCGCCGUUACUUCCACCGUCUACGCCACUGCCACCACCCAGAUCAAGCCGUGGAACUCUCACGUCUACCCCUCUCCUUCCCAGAGUUAUCCUCCUACCAUCCCCACCCACCACGCUCCCGGCAACGGCACGGUCACCACCUUCAUCCGAUCUACCACCAAGCUCUACGAGACUCCUGUCUCUACACCCAAGGCGGCUGAGCACACCACUACUUCCAAGGCUGGCUACGAGAAGCCUCCUUAUCCUGUUUACUUCUUUUAA